GGAGCCUGGCCUAACUAGGCCACUGUUGCCAGGGUAACCGGGCCUGGCGCAGGCGCAGCGGAGCCCUCGGCGCCCGGGGAAAAUGGCGCGAUGGCCGCUGUUGUGGGCGCAGCGCUGGAAGGCGGCGACUUGGCUCAGCCUGUCCUCCCGAGGAGGCUCGGCGAGCACCGCGGGCCCCGACAUGGACGACGUCCUCCGCCGCACUGUGGCGGCGGUGCUCCCUUACGAGAUGCGGGAGAAGCCGGCGCUGCAGGAGGCGCCGAGCCGCGAGUUCGUGCAGUUCUACCGGGGCCUGGGAGCUGCCGAGAGGCCGCUGUUCCUCACCAAGCUGGCGGCCGAUUACGGCACCGACCACGGCCUGGUGUCCGAGCUGUGCGGCCGGGUGAGAGAGGUCCAGAGUCGGGAUCUGGGCACUUUGCUGCAGGCCGAGGACAGGCUGCGAUACUCGCUAAUUCCUCGCUAUAAAUUCCUCAUCAGCCACAUCUGCCGCCUGGAGGGAGGAGUGAAGUUUAUUGUUGACUUGCGGGCGGAUAUCUUACAGUUCCUGCAAAACAAAACAGCAGACAGUCCUCAACUUAGGGAAAUGAAUGGAAUAUUGAAGACUCUGCUGUCAGAUUGGUUUUCGAUAGGAUUCUUAAACCUUGAGCGUAUCACCUGGCAGUCCUCUUGUGAUCUGCUGCAGAAAAUUAGCGAGUAUGAGGCUGUGCAUCCUAUCAGAAACUGGGCAGAUAUUAAACGUCGAGUUGGAACUUAUAGAAGGUGCUAUGUUUUUACUCACAAUGCUAUGCCAAGGGAACCUCUGAUAGUUCUACAUGUGGCACUGACAGAUAACAUCUCUAAUAAUAUACAGGCUAUUGUCCGAAAAGAUCCUUCCCUGGAGACGACUGAGGAUGUGAACAAGAUCACUACAGCUAUUUUUUACUCCAUCAGCUCUUCACAGAGAGGACUGCAGGGGGUAGAGCUUGGAACUUACCUCAUCAAACAAGUUGUGAAAGAGCUUCAGGUUGAGUUUCCUCAUAUGAGCCAAUUCUCCAGUCUGUCCCCUAUUCCCGACUUCACAAAGUGGCUGCGUGGAACCCUCAGUUUCAAAAUCAAGGAAGGGAAAUUGAACCAGAUCUUUACAGAACUUGAAUACAAAGAAAUCCAGGACAUCAUUGAAGGACCUGUGUUAGAAAAACUUCAGCAUUUACUUUGUAACAAUGAAUGGGUGAAGUCUGACAAAUUAGUUCAAAUUCUUGAGACCCCACUUAUGCGACUUUGUGCCUGGUAUCUAUAUGGAGAAAAACAUCGUGGGGGUGCCCUUGAUCCAGUAGCUAACUUUCAUCUUCAAAAUGGUGCUGUGAUAUGGCGAAUAAACUGGCUGGCUGACACAAGUCCUCGUGGUCUUUCGUCAUCCUUUGGAAUUAUGGCAAACUAUCGAUACUUCCUCGAAGAUGCCAAUCGAAAUAGUGCCCAAUAUUUGAGAACAAGACAGAUUGAGGCAUCUAAGCAAAUUCUGAGCCUUGUAGCUCAAUGUCAGACAAUCAGCAAACUUUAACUGGAGCUUCACAGGAAAAUGAACUGUUUUGAAAAUAAUGAAUUAAUUUUAACUAUCAUUAUUACUCGUUAAUGUUUAAAUAAGAAAUUGCAACAACAAAAAAAUUAAACAUGAAAUUUGUUGUGGAACAGCAAUUUUAUUUUGCCAGUUUUAUUGAUAAUAUAUUAUGUAAAUCUAUUUAAUGAUGAGCUACAUGAAUGCUGAAAUCUCCAAAUGAAAACAAAAUUUAUUAUUGUCGAACUGAUGAAUCGUCAGCCGUUAGAAAGAAAGAAUGAACUUUUUAUGGUGACUUUUAUGGCACAGAAUGUCUUGCUGCCAGUGAAAUAAUAUUGAUUUGUAGUCCCUUCUGAACUGCAUCCAGUAUUAUUGUAACAUCUGCCAACCUGAGAGAAAGAGAUAAUUAUUUUCAAUAGGGCAUCAGUGUACUUCUUCAAUUUAAAAAAAAAGCCAUCAGAACCAACUUACUGUUAAUUGUAUUGCUGCUCUUUAUCUUAUUUUUGGUUUAAAUAUGAUCAAUUUCACAUAAACUCUCCUAUGAUGGUGACAGGAAUCCGUAUACCACUGCUAAGCAGUCUCCCUCAUUGGUGGUUUGUCAUUAAUGUUUGCUUUUAGCUAGAUGAUUUCUUGCCAACUCAUGGAUAUCAUAAUGCCAUUUUUUAGUCUAACACAAAAUACUAUCUGCUGACGUUUGGACUUGCACCUUGCCUUAUAACUGACUGAACAAAACAGUUUAACAAGUUAUUUGCAAAAACAUAUCUGUCUUUUCUUUCUCCUUGUUCCUAAGGAUUGGGCUGUGGUUUUCCUUUGGAAUAGUCCCUACUUUUGGCAAGGUACUGGAGUGACUUUCCAAUUCCUUUUAAUGAAUGGUUGACCAGGAAAUACACUCACUUAUACUGCCUACCAUCAGCUUUAUUGGAUGAUAAUUACAGGCUAAUAAUCAAUCUGAUUGACUACAUUAUGAGCUUAUCUUAAAUAGCUGGUAAGUCUUGAAGUGGAAUUCAAAUCUGGAAUCUCUGGCUCACAGAUCCGGGCACUAUAACAUGCUACAUGAUCUCCAUAUGUUAAUCUGUAGCUACUGUCAUGUAUUUUAAAUCCAUGAAAAAGUUCUUCUAUUACUGUAUUUAAUCUACAACCUACCUAUGGAGAUUAUUAUUUAAAUUGACUUUAGGUUUUGUGAAAAAUACUAUUUUACAUAGCCAUUAGAGAAUAAAAUA